AUGAUACCAGAUUUUGUUUGUGAAGCGGUGUUGACGGCGUUGAUAGGUUUAGGAGCGGUUAGAGGAGGAGGGGAAGGAGGAUCCAGUGGGGGAAAGGAGAUCAUCGCGCUUUCUCCGGACGGCAAGUUUCUGUUCACGGGCGGGCACGCGGAUUUCUCUGUAAAGUUGGCCACUGCACCCUUCCCUUCCUCCCCUAUCGCAGGGGUCACAGCUGGGCUCGUGGCAGUUGGGGCAUGGGCGGGGGGGCGACUGGCAAGGCCCAGCACUGCGGCACCCACGGGCCCGCAUGACCCUGCUCUGGCGGCAGCCGCUGCAGCAGAGUCCGCCAAGUGCGGCGGGGGGUAUGGCGCGGGCGGGCUGGAGGCGCCGAGGAAGUGGAGGCGGAUGGAGGGACCCGUGCAGGUGCUGCGGGGUCACUUAGACACCAUUACCUGCUGCGCUGUCUCCUCGGAUCUCGAACUUGUUGCCUCCUCCUCGUGCUCCCACGGUGUUCUCGUCCACUUUCUCAUGAUGGAACGAUUUAUGCGCCAGCUGCCACGGGUGGGAUCCGCUGACCUGCUUGCCAUCUCCCCUGAAGGAGUGGUGGUGGUGUGGGAGCGGCAGCAGCGGGCGCUGCGUGCAUUCACGAUAAAUGGAGCAGCGGUGGCGGGGGUGGGGAUCUCGGAGGAGCACGGCGAUGUGAGCAGCGUGCAGGUGUCGAGCAACGGGCUGUUUGUGGCCGUGGGCACGGACUGCAGCCGCUGGCGGCACGUGCAGGAGAAGGAAGGGCAGAGGGAGAGGGAGCAUGCUGCUGUGAUUGCCGGCCGCCCUGCUGCUACUACUGCUGCUGCUGCUGCUCGUGCUACUGCUGCUGCUGGUGGAGGUGCUGCUGGGAGUGCUGGAGGUGCUGCUGGUGCUGGAGGUGCUGGAGGAUGA